AUGGAUGGAAACAGGCGAUAUGCUAAAAAAAACAGUGUCAAGGCCAGUGUUGGACACCACAAGGGUUUUGAUAAGCUUUCAGAAACACUUAAAUGGUGUUUAGAUUUAGGUGUUCCUGAAGUGACAGUAUAUGCAUUUAGUAUAGAAAAUUUUAAGAGAAGUGAUGAAGAAGUCUCAGCACUCAUGGAUUUAGCACGUGAUAAAUUUAAGAGACUUCUUGACGAAAUUGAUUUAAUUAACGAGUGGGGAGUUCGGUUACACAUUGCUGGACGUUUAUCACUCCUUCCCGAUGAUCUACAAUCACUUGUUUCUCAAGCAAUGUUGGCUACUAAACACAAUAAUAUACUACAGCUGAAUAUUGCUUAUGCAUACACAGGACGUGAUGAAAUCAGCCGUGCAGCAUCUCAUAUAAUUGAUGGUAUCCAAAAUAAUGAGUUGACAGCAGAUGAUAUUGAUGAAAAUCUAGUGUCCCAAACACUUGAUUUGAAAGAAGCCGAAUUAUUAGUGAGAACGUCUGGUGAAGUAAGGUUGUCUGACUUUAUGCUGUGGCAGGUUUCGAGGACAGUUUUAUACUUCUCAGAUGUUUUAUGGCCAGAGUUCACUAUUUGGAAUCUGUUAGCUGCUAUCAUUCAUUUUCAAAGGCAUGCACCACCUCUUUUGCCAGAAAUAGAGAAUAGCAGAAGCAAAAAAGACUUCUUAGAUAAACUUGAAAACAAAAGGUGGACGAACCUACAAAGUCUUGUAUCAUAUUGA